AUGUAAUUAUUAAGAGAAAUUGUAGAAGGUGUACAUUAUCCAAUCAAUACAAUUGAACAAUUAAAGAAAUCAGUUAUACGAGAGAUCAAUAAAUAACAUUAUAAUACUAUUGAUUACACACAUAGACGUUCACUUACUACUUAAGAAACACCAUUUACUGUUGUUAGCAUAAAGAAACCAAAAACUCAAUUAAAUACUAUUGAAUUAGCACCACUAAAAAAUAAAACUAGGUUUAUGCCUAAUUCCACAUUGGAAUUAAUUGUUAAAUAGCAAAAAAACAAGUCAUUGUAAUUUAAACAGAAGAUCUAUUCAUAAGAGUAUAAAGAAAAGAGUGAAUAUGUGUAAGGUAGAAGAAGAUUCAACAAGAAUGUCGAAAGUCUUAAACUAAACAACUAAAGAUUUAGAUUGAGUGUAAGUGAACAAUCCUAAUAAUUGAACAAACUUCUUGAAACUAGAUUGUCACGUAUGUUGAGAUAUAACAAUAACAAUCAUGAUAAUUAUUUAUAAUGAGUGGAUCCAGUAUCUAAGCACAAUAGAAAUCCAUUCAACUGAAGACAGCUAACCUUCCCCCAACAUGGGAAAUCUUCUCUACCCUUGACUUUAAUAGAUAAUAAACAAUCUAUAAAACUAUGUGUGAAUAGAUCCAAUAACAAAUGAAAUAAAUCACUGUCUUACAAGAAAAGGUUAAAUAAAAUGAUGUAAGUCAUUGUUAUUUAUUCUAGUUACUUGCUUCAUAAAAAAUAGAAGAAACACAGAAUCGACUAUCAGAAGAAUAAUUUAAAUUGAAAUAAGAAAUUCAAACCCUUUAAUCUCUUCUAGAAAAAAAAGAAAAUGAGAUCAAAUUUCAAAAUGAUUAAUUAGAUGAAUAAACAAAUUACAUUAAACAACUAGAAAUUGAUGUCUAAAAAAGAUAAGAGUCACAAAAAAAUGAUUAGUUAAUUUUUGAACUUAAAUAAUAAAUUAAGGAACAACAAUUAGUAAUCUCUUAAGAUGAGAAAUCGAUUCAAGAAUUAAAAUACACUAUUGAAGAAUAAGAACAAUAAUUAGAUGAUAUUUAGAAUAAAUACAAUCAAGAAUUAGAUGAUAAAGAUCUAAAACUUGCAGAAUAUUAAGUAUUAUUACAUUCACAUAUUAGAAACAAUUAGAAUUGUAGAUAGAGGAUAAUUUAAAAUUGUAAUAAGGAUAUUAAUCAUUGAAUGAUAGAAUUAAUUCAAAUAAAGACUAUCAAUAAUUUGAAUAACAAUAUAAUGAAUUAUUCAAUGAAUUCUCAAACAUAAGACAAUAAUAUUAAAAUAAAUGCAAUAAAAUUAAAGAAUAAGAAUUAACUAUUGAAGAUUUGAUCGGAGAAAACUCAAGACUUGUUAUUGAACUUUAUCACUACUAAAAAUAAUAAUGA